ACACUUUUCAUUCCAAUUUCAUCAGCUGGACACGACGGUUGGCCCACAAAUACGAGUAUCGUGAAAUGGCGAGUGAUAAUAGAUCGAUUGUCGAUGGACUGCGGGAAAGGUUAAUGGACGAUUGGCAAAUACUGCAGAACAUCUUUAAUCUUGUACAGCAAAAGGAAUCAGUCUGUGCCGAUCCUGCUUUAUGGUCGCAAGAAAAAUUAAUCGAAUUCAAGCAACCCAAUGAACUAAAGCAACUGCUUGACCUGUCAAUCAACGAAAAGGAAACGCACACUCUGCCUGAGAUUGAGCAGAUAUGCCAGCAGGUUAUCAAGUAUUCCCUAAAGACUUGUCAUGGCCGCUUUCACAAUCAGCUCUUUGGCCAAAUGGAUCCCUUUGGCUUGGCGGGAGCAUGGCUCACCGAGGCCUUAAACAGCAGCACUUAUACUUUUGAGGUGGCACCUGUUUUUAGCUUGAUUGAAACGGAAGUGAUUAAAACGGUUUGCCGUUUAGCUGGUUACAUCAAUGGCGAUGGCAUCUUUGCGCCUGGUGGCUCCUCCUCCAACAUGUAUGGUCUGGUCCUGGCACGCUACAAGCGUUAUCCUGAUGUCAAGAGCACCGGCAUGUUUGGUCUGCGUCCGCUGGCCAUCUUCACCUCUGAGGACUCGCAUUACAGCGUAAAGAAAGCCGCUCAUUGGCUGGGCUUUGGGGCCGACAACUGCAUUGCUGUGUUAACCAACGACAAAGGGCAAAUGUCUCUCACUGACUUGGAGCUGAAGAUCCAAGAAGCCAAGUCACACGGCUCUGAGCCAUUCUUCAUCAAUGCCACAGCUGGCACCACGGUGCUGGGUGCCUUUGAUGACAUUGCUGGCCUCGCAGACAUUGCAAAGCGUCAUGGCCUCUGGUUGCAUGUGGAUGCCUGUCUAGGUGGCUCGGCGUUGCUGGCGCAUAAGUAUCGCUCCCUGUUAGCGGGUCUAGAGCGCGCUGAUUCCUUUGCUUGGAAUCCGCACAAGACGCUUGGUGUCCCAUUGCAGUGCUCGUUGUUCCUCACUCGGGAAUCGGAUUUGCUGACACGCUGCAAUAGCAUCGAGGUCAACUAUCUGUUUCAGCAGGACAAGUUCUAUGACGUCUCCUACGACUCGGGCAACAAGAGUGUCCAAUGCGGACGUAAAAUCGAUUCCUUUAAGUUCUGGCUGAUGUUGAAGGCUCGUGGUUAUGCCCAAUACGGACAUUUGGUUGAUCAUGCCAUUGAUAUGUCCCGUUUGCUGGAGCAGAAGCUGCGCGAACGUCCGGAUCGCUUUAGGUUGGUGCUGGAUAAACAUGAAUACUCCAAUGUGUCCUUUUGGUACAUUCCCAAGUCGUUGCGCGUAAGCAGCAAAGAAGAAACUCCCGAAUGGUGGACGCGCUUAUAUACGGUUGCUCCAAAAAUCAAGGAACAGAUGGCGUACAGCGGCACCUUGAUGGUUGGAUAUACUCCUCUAAGCAGUCGCAAGCUGGGCAAUUUCUUCCGCAUGGUCUUGACAUGUUUCCCCGUUUUGGAAGCAAGCGAAUUAGAUUUUAUAUUAGAUGAAAUCGAGCGUCUUGGAGAACUUUGCGAAUAUUAAUUAGAGAAUUAAUCAUAGUACAUGCGAAUGUCUCAUACUUAGUCAUACAAUAAAAGUAAAAAUGCUGCUAUUUUGUUUCACGUAAAA